AUGAGCCGAGGAGUGUUUGUGGAGCUGGCGCUGGCCGCCGUGAUGGCCACGGCGCUCGCCGACGAGAUGUACACCACCAAGUACGACAACGUGGACGUGCAGGAGAUUCUGAGCAACCCGCGCCUCUACCAGAGCUACCUCAAGUGCCUGCUGGGCGACGGCGACGCCGCCUGCACCCCGGAGGGAAAGCAGCUGCGCAGGGUGAUUCCUGACGCGCUGAAGACGCGCUGCAGCAAGUGCAACGAGAAGCAGAAGGCGACGGUGAAGAGCGUCAUCAACGGGCUGCGCGCGGACCACGCCGACGACUGGGCGCAGCUGCGCGCAAAGUGGGACCCCGACAACCAGUACUUCGACAAGUACCAGGACCUGCUCGAAUAG